AUGAAUCGGUUACGGGAGUUGUGGUCGGGUACAACCCCCGAGAAGAAAUCCUUUCAGGCUAAAGAGAGGGAGCUAAGGAGUGCUGUGUCGCAGUGGAGACGAUGUGCAGCUUACGUUGAUGCUUUGACUGAAAAUCAUGGUGCGGCAGUUUUGAAAGCAGAGGGAGAGACUCUCACAGGUUAUAUGCGGCUGGUGGAGCAGGCUCACAAAGACUUGGAGUGUUGCAUCCAGGAUCCAAGGGAGAUCAACCAGAAGUUCGAGGAGUUGGAGGGCCACCACCACAAUCUGAUGUGUAGACUACACGCGAUGGUGCGAGAGCUCGAGGGAUCGGCGACAGAUAGGAAAUCGGUCAAGAGUCGUAGCUCAAUCAGCAGUGUAUCCCGGAAGUUGGAUAUUGCAGCUCAGGCAGCCCAACUGAAGGCAAGGAUCAAGAAUGUUGACAAACUUGCAGCGAUCAAGGCGGAAUUGGAGAAGACCGAGCUGGAAGCAGCACUUGAUGUAGCAGAGGCGGAGAUGAUGGCUAUCAACUCGGUGGAGAAGCCUGGUGCCAGUGACCACGGUAAUGGAUCUUUACCUGAAAUUGAGACACCCGCGGAGCGAAAGGCUAGAGUUGAAGAGUAUGUUAAAAACCAGGACCCGCAGAGAGGAGUGUUUGUGGAUCAUUCCAGCAGCCAGGUUGCACCCCCUGUGGCCACUCCCCCUCAGGAUAGGACUUUGAAUGUGGAAGCACCCCCCUUUACCCCGGUGUCACCAAGGGGAAACGACCGAGAAAUGGGAUUGGAAGCAGUCAUUUCCAAGUUUACAGAGCAAAUAAAUCUUUCACGUCUACCCACUCCGGAGCCAGCAAUAUUUUCUGGGAACCCCUUGGAAUAUCCAGCCUGGAACGCGGCUUUUGAGACCCUAAUUGAAAGCAGAGGCAUACCCCCGGCGGAACGGAUGCACUACCUUAAAAAAUACCUAGGCGGACCAGCGAAGGAGGCGGUUGAGGGAUAUUUCUUCCUGUCAGAGGUGGAUUCUUUCAGCGAGGCAAGGAAAAUCCUAAAGAAACGUUUUGGUGAUCCGUUUGUUAUAGGAAAUGCUUUUAGGGAGAAAUUAAAAGCCUGGAAGGUUGUUGAAUCGGGCGAUGGACCAGGAUUGCGGAAAUUGGCGGACUUUCUACGUCAAUGCGCGGCCGCCAUGAGAGUGGCCAAAUACACACUCGGAAUUCUAAAUGAUAAAAGAGAAAGUAUGGAGAUUUUGAAGAAGCUCCCCAAUUGGCUUGCAAGCCGUUGGAAUCGUAGUGUUUAUAGAUGGGUCAAGAGUCGGAGGGAGCGGGCUACGAGAGAAGGGACCCCUUUGGAAGAGGUGCCAGACUACCCCCCCUUUGAAUUUUUCUUGGAAUUUAUGGAGGAAGAAGCAGAACUGCAAUGUGAUCCGGUGACGUCAAUUGGUGCAUUGAGGAAACCAGGAACAGAAAACAAGAGGCUGUCCAACACCAAGGUGUUCACGAAAGGGACAGAGGCUAGAGCCUUAGCUACUGGCACUACAGGAGCUAUUGGGGGAAAUGCAGGACACACUGGGAGCUCAGUUGUCAAAAGCUGCCUUUUCUGUAAACAGAGUCACGACUUGGAUUCUUGUGGGAAGCUUCAGAAAGAACCAAUGAAGAAACGAAAAGACUUCAUUUUCAAGAAUGGUGUUUGUUAUGGAUGUUUAAAGAAGGGUGCCCAUCGUGCGAAGGAUUGUAAAAACCGGAUCAAGUGCCGUCAGUGUCAGAAGCUUCAUCCUACCAUCCUACAUGGGGACCAGAAGACUGAUCCUAAGGAGACACAGAAACCGGAACCCGGACGAGACCCCCCGACAGAAGAGGCGACGACCCAGAAAAACGUGGUGCAUGGCCAGGGGAAGAGUAAAUCAUCAAUGAUCUUGCCAGUGUGGUUAUCGCAUGAGGACAAACCAGGUGAGUAUAUGACCUACUGUAUGUUAGACAGCCAAUCAGACACUACCUUUAUCUUGGAGCAGACUUUGAGUAAACUGGACAUGAAAGGAACCCCUACUAAACUGAACUUGUCCACCAUGUCUAAGGAGAGACAGACAGUGGAGACUAGCAGGGUGAAAGGACUUCUUGUGAGAGGACUAAACAGUGAGCUCAAGAUCAAACUUCCUGCUACUUACACACGCGAGAUCAUGCCGUCGAAUCGCGACCAUAUUCCAACACCAAGCAUCGCACGUGAAUGGCCACAUCUAUGUGACAUAGCAGAAAAGUUUCAUCCCCAGCAAUCUUGUGAAGUUGGUUUGUUGAUAGGCUACAACUGUGCCAGAGCUUUGACACCGAGAGAGGUUGUUUGCGGAGCUGGUGAUGAACCCUUUGCCCAAAAGACGGACCUAGGAUGGGGAAUCGUGGGCAAUGUAGGACCAAGCAAGAAUCCGGAGGAUGUUUUCGGAACUAGCCAUUGUCUCAAGACCUUCGAUACUCAGUCGGAUAAGUUGGUUUUGGCUGUCCAGACAAUGAAGAUUGAUGAGGACCCUACCCCGAAACAGUUGUUCGAAGUGUUGACAAGGGACAUAAAGUAUGGAGAUGAGGGUGAGGACAAGAUGUCACAGGAGGACAGGAAGUUUCUUAAUAUAUUGGAGGAAGGCAUACAUCGGACCAAGGAUGGACGUUAUGAAAUGCCACUCCCUUUGAAGACACCUGCCCCUGUUUUGCCCAACAACAAAUCCCAGGCAGAGAAGCGUCUCAGACAAUUGAGAGCCAGGUUGAGCAAGGAUGAGACAUAUCGGACCAAAUACACAGACUUCAUGAAUGAUAUGCUGGAUAGCGGACAUGCUUCAAAAGUUCCUCAGGAUGAAGUAGACUCAGAUAAUCCAACGUGGUAUAUCCCGCAUUUUGGAGUUGUCAACCCUGAAAAGAAUGACAAAGUGCGCAUCGUCUUCGAUUGUAGUGCACGGUACAAAGACACAUCACUGAAUGAUAAUCUGCUCCAAGGACCAGAUCUUACAAACAGCCUCCUAGGAGUACUUAUGCGGUUCCGGCAGGAGCCAGUGGCACUUCAGUGUGACAUCAAGAAGAUGUUUCUGAAUUUUAGAGUGAACCCUGAACACAGAGAUAUGUUGAGAUUCCUGUGGUGGCCAGACGGAGACUUGGAAAAGGAACCCACCAUCUACCGUAUGAAUGUACACCUAUUUGGAGCGACUUCGUCCCCAGGAUGUGCCAAUUUUGCCCUGAGACGUAUGGCAGAAGACUACGAAGAUGAGUUUGGCUCCGUCAUUUCAGAUUUUGUGAAAAGGAACUAUUAUAUGGAUGAUGGAAUAGGUUCGACCAAAACCGAUGAGGAGGCAAGAGGAUUGUUCACUAAGAAUAAAGCCAUGUGUGGAAAAAUAGGCCUGGAACUCCACAAAGUAUUGUCUAAUUCACCAGGAGUGAUGCAGAGCAUCGCAAAGGAAGAUUUGGCACAGGGAGUAAAGGAUCUGGAUCUGUCAGUAGAUACCCUACCUAUAGAAAGGACACUAGGAGUAUUUUGGUGCAUUGAAAAGGACAUCUUUCAAUUUCGGAUCACUUUAAAAGACAGGCCCUUUACUAGGAGAGGAGUAUUGGCGACCAUUGGAUCAGUCUAUGACCCUCUAGGGAUGGCAGCGCCUGUUGUUCUUGUGGGAAAGAGGAUCUUACAGGAGCUGUGUGCGGAUGGGGCUGAUUGGGACGACCCUCUCCCAGAGAAUUUGCGAGCAAAAUGGGAGACCUGGAGGUCUGACCUAUUGGAUUUGGAACAUGUGAGCAUGUCCAGAUGUUACAAGCCUCAGGAUUUUGGAGAGCCGAAUCUAAUUCAACUGCAUCACUUCUCAGAUGCAAGCCAGCAAGGGCUAGGACAGUGUUCUUUCCUUAGGAUGGUAAACUCUCAAGGCCAGGUGCACUGCAGCUACGUGGUGGGAAAAGCCAGGGUGACACCUAUCAAGACAGUGACCAUGCCCCGUCUGGAGUUAACAGCAGCGGUGAUGUCAGCCAAGGCAUCAGUCACACUUGGCAAAGAACUGGACUAUAAAGUAGCAGAUGAACUUUUCUGGACGGAUAGUCAAAUCGUGUUAGGAUAUAUCGCCAAUGAGGCUAGGAGAUUUGGUGUGUUUGUAGCAAACCGAGUUCAGCAAAUAAAGGAUCAGACAGAAACUGAGCAGUGGAAACAUGUGAGAGGAGAGGAGAAUCCUGCUGACGAAGGGUCGAGAGGUCUAACAGUGGAGGAAAUGAAGGAAUCCAAAUGGCUAAAGGGACCCGGAUUUCUCUGGGAGCAGGAGCUCCCCAAAAACACCAUGACAUGA